AUGGCCGCCUCCACCAUGUCCGUCUGCUCCGACGCCUGCACCAACGCCUCCUGGCAGGUGGACGACUGCCCAGAGAGCUGCUGCGAGCCCUGCUGCUGCCCGCAGUCUAGCUGCCAGCCCUGCGGCUGCGCCCCCGCCCCCGGCCUGACCCUCCUCUGCUCCCCGGCCAGCUGUGUGUGCAGCCCCUGCUGCCAGUCCGUCUGCACCAGCUGCUGCACGCCCUGCUGCUGCCCGCAGUCUAGCUGCCAGCCCUGCGGCUGCACCGGCUCGCCCUGCCAGCCCGUGUGCUGCACGCCCAUGUGCUGCACGCCUGUGUGCUGCACGCCCAUGUGCUGCACACCCGUGUGCUGCAGGCCCGUGUGCGGUGGGGCUUCCUCCGGCUGCUGCCAGCCCUGCGGCUGCACCUGCCCGCCCUGCCCGCCGUCCUCCAGCGUGUCCCUGCUGUGCAGGCCCGUGUGCAGGCCGGCCUGCGGGGCGCCCGCCUCCCGCGGCUGCGCCCCCUGCUGCCAGCCCAGCUGCUGCCGCCCCGCAGCCUCCUGUGUCUCCCUGCUGUGCCGCCCCGCCUGCUCCUGCCCGGCCUGCGGCCCCCACACAUCCUGCUGCUGA